AUGUCUGUUGCAGAAGAAAGACAAACACGCGAAGCUGGUGGGUUUUGGUUGGGUGGGCGAUAUGGACGUUCUCUACACACAGUCAUGUCAACAAGAAAUGACAGAUUCUUCUUUGGCAGUCGUUAUGGUAAGAGAAACAGCGCCGACGCCCCUCUUAACGCACUGGAUCGUUGGAAAAGACGUGUGGUAUGCGAGUGUGUACCCAGAGAACAUAUAAAAAGGUCCACGGUUCGGAGCACAGUAUGA